GAGCUCGUCCGUGGCCAACGGCAGCUGGAAGAGCUCCAGAGCCAGUCCUUUGCGCAGGAGGAACUCCGCGAGGAGCUCCGAUCUCUCGGAGAGCGGAAUGAAGCUUUGAGGGAGCAGCUGCGGACUUUGCACCAGGAGACCCGGAAGGUCUCGGAGCGAGUGGACCGCGAGGUCGCGGACCACAUCGAGGUGCAGCGCCACGACGUUGAGGCCAACAAGGCGAAGCUCGGGGACUCCUCCGAGAUCCGUCGCCAGUUGGCCCAGGCCUCGAGCCGUACACAGGAGCUCCAGACGCUGAAGGACCAGAGCGAGCGGGCCCUGGAGGCAUCCAAGAAGAGCAGCCAUCGGACAGAGGACUUGGCACGGCAGCUGCAUCAGCUUCAGGAGGACCUGGGUGCCUCGCUCCGCGAGCGAAACCAGCUCCAUGAGGCGGUGGAGCAGCUCACGGUGCAGUUCCGCGAGGACGUCUUCCGCCAAUCGCAGCGACACCUGGAGCUCGAGGGUCUCAUCGAGGACCGGAACAACGAGAUCAAGCUGCUGAUGUACAGGCUCCAGGAGCUUUCCUCGAGGUAUGUGCCAGUGAAGGCGGAUGCCACGGACAUGGUUCUUUCGAGGUGGAUCAACGGCUACCGGCCGGCAGUUCCCUUUUUCCGUUUGGCACAAGGGCUCUACCUCUUCGGCCGGCGGCAGGUUGUCUGCAAGAUUUCCAACGACAAGCCGGUGUUUCGCAUCGGUGGUGGCUUCGUAGGAUUUGAGAAGUUCCUGGAGCAGUUCGCCGCGGAGGAGCUCGAGAGACUUCUGACCUACGAGUUGGAUGAGAAGACAGGCGAGCCCAAGUUCCUGGUUGCGAAACAGCUCCUCGAGGAGUCCGGCAUGGUGGAGGAGAUACGGCAGAAGGUCACGGAGGAUGUGCAGCGCGGCAAGACAGGACUGCAGAGCAGCAUGAGUAAGAAAUCCUUGAAUUCGUCGAGGGGCAGUUUGUGA